AUGGUUUCAUCCUCUCGUCUUCUCUUUUUUUCUGCGUUUCCUGUAAAUCUCAUGGCCUCUGAGCUUGUGCUGUUUGGCAACAGCAGAUAGGAGUGGCUAGCCGCUGACUCAUUAGGAUCAUAUGCUCUUGGUUGUGUCACUCUCCUCCACUGGACAGGUGUUUGCGUGUGUUUUUCCACAUACUGAUAAAGCACCUGCCCAUGUUUUCACAGUAUCCGAAAACACCUAUACCAACAAUUUUUAAGAAAGUACAAAAAAAUGUAAAAAUGUUUAAAAAAAAACCAAAUGACUCCUAUAUACUUGGAGGAGGUAGAGUGUGAGGACAGGUUUGUGUGAACCUGUGCGGGUGCGCGUGUGUGUGCGUGUGUCUGUGCGUGUGUGUGUCUGUGUGUGUGUGUGCGCGUACAUGCCCAGACUUGACACAGCUGAGUGAAAUCCCCUAUCAUUAGCCCUGAGCAAUGAGAGACAGAAAGAGAAAGAGCGAAAAUGACUUCCUGUUGUGGCAGCCUGUGAAUGAGUACUCAUGUUCCGCCCUCCCACCGUGCAGCGCUGGGUGUCAUUGUUGAUAAAAGAGAGGGAGUGCGGCAAUUUCAUUUUAGUUACAGACAGACAGGAGCGCUCACAACAGAGACACAGAGCACCGAGACUCACUGAACCGCACGGGAGAGCACAGCACACACACACACACACACACACACACACACACACAGCACAGCACAGCGAGGACCACAGUGUCUCACGGGACUGCGCAGGUGUGUGGACGGGAACGUGGCGGAACGCACUACGACCCUAAGGGACCCCGGAGAGGAGCGCACGUACAUGGCAGAGAUCUACUGCGGAGGAGAGCUGCACCACUUCGUCGACUGCUAUGACGCGCACCGCAGCAACUGGAUGCGCUACGUCAGCCCGGCCCGGUCCCCGGCGGACCAGAACCUGGUGGCGUGCCAGAACGGCAACGACGUCUUCUUCUACACGCUGCGGCCCGUGGAGCCGCAGCAGGAGCUGCUGGUGUGGUACAGCGAGGAAUACUGUGAGAGGAUGCACAGGUCUCCCGGCAACGGCCCACAGCAGCAGCACGUGCCCAAACAUGUGAGCUCAGACUCUGCAGAGCCCAGCCACAGACAGUACCUACCUCACCAGGCCUGGCACCUGGACCAAGACCAAAGGAGCAAGGAGAAGGGGCGGAGGAAGGAGAAAGUGAUGGAGAAGGAGGAGGAGGAGGAGACGAUAGAUGUGGAGGUUCUAGAGAGGGAUACUCCGCCUGACACCCCCGAUGAUCAAAUAAUGGACUUUAGCACUAGGCUACACAAAGACCCCCGCUCCACCACAUCGCCCAGCUUGGACUCCAGAGAGCUUACUCCCCAGAAAGACCUCUACAGUCGCCCAGGGGGGCUCCCAGAUACCCCCUCGCCCAACAGGGACAUUCCCCUACACCUUCAGGGCCUGUAUGGCCAUGGGGAAGGCAUGCUGUCCUACCCCCUUUGCCCUCCCUCUGGACCUCUGCACCCCUCAUACCAGUUCCUCCCCGCCUACAGCCACCACUACCAUCGCCUGUUCUUGCCCCAGUAUUCCCCACCUUUCCAGGGUAUGCUGCCCCCUAGAGCCCCCCCAGGAUACAGCAGCUACCCGAGCAGAGAGAGUUUGCCCUUCCCUAUGGCAGCCCAGCCAGGCUUACUCCCCGCGUCCCUGCCAUACACAGCCCUGUCCCAGGGAGGGCUGAAGGAGAGGCCCCAAAACACCUCCCCACCCCAGGGGGCCCCCGCCACCCCCGAACUCUCCCCUCAGCAAUCCCCUCAACAGUCUCCCCUCCAGGCCACCUUCGAGUGCGAGGAAGCCAUCAACCUCAGCCUGGCCACACCAAAGAAGAGCCUCACACCCCCGCCUGUCCCAGGGCACAAGGCCCUGCCCUACCCCCUGAAGAAACAGAACGGCAAGAUCAAGUACGAGUGCAACAUCUGUCUUAAAACCUUCGGACAGCUGUCCAACCUCAAGGUACACCUGCGAGUUCACAGUGGAGAGAGACCCUUCCAGUGUGACCUCUGUAAGAAGAGCUUCACCCAGCUGGCCCACCUCCAGAAGCAUCACCUGGUCCACACAGGAGAGAAACCGCACGAGUGCCAGGUGUGUCAUAAGCGUUUCAGCAGCACCAGUAACCUGAAGACUCACCAGCGGCUGCACUCAGGGGAGAGGCCGUAUGAGUGCAAGCAGUGCGGCACCCGGUUCACGCAGUACAUCCACCUGAAGCUGCACCGGCGCCUGCACAUGGAGCGCGAGCGGCCCUACGCCUGCCCGCAGUGCGCCGCCGCCUUCGCCCACCGCUUCUCGCUCAACCUCCACCAGCGCACCUGCUGCCCCGCCUCGCCCCCGCCGGCCGCCGCCGCCCCCGCCGACCUGCGGAGGGCCGCCGGCCUCGUCCAGCGCUUCGACGCCAGCGCCGAGGCCGACGGCCUGCCCGAGAGUGCCGGCCCCGCCCUGGUGGACAUGGUCAUGCAGCGCUGGGUGGAAGAGGGGGAGGAGGGGGAGGAAGGGGAGGGCAUGCCCCUGAAGAUGGAGGCUCAAGCCCCAAGCCAGCCCCCCGUCCAGCAGCAACGGGCCAGCGUGUUGCACCUGCACAACCGGCCGCUGGUCAAAACAGAGGAGCGGUAGGGCAGGAGGGGGGCAAGAGAGAGGGAGGUAGACCUGAAACUGCUCUCUGGGUUGCAAAGACUACAGAGGUCAGUCAACAAGAAAGCAAUUGCUAAAUGAGGUUUUUCACCCAUCUUUGUGAAAAAGAAGAAAAAAAAGAAAAGGCAAGAAGAGUGAAACCAAAAAAACCCCUUCCACGGUACCACCCCUCCAUUCUCUGAGCUGUUUCCGUGGGCAACAGAGAAAGGGAGAGGCCUGUUGCCUGAACUCUUUUCCACAUAGGUUUACAAAUGCGUAGUUCAGCCUGUUUUAGUUCACUGAUACAUUAUUUUUGGUGGUGUGAAUUUUGCUUUUGCUUCAUGUGUGUGUUUGUGUGUGUGCUAUUGCCUUCUCAGCACAAGGGAAGAGGUAUCAAUUCCUCAGUUCCUCUUCCAGGUGUCUGCUGAUCGGACAACAGCCUGUCUUUUUUCUCUCUCAGGUGUAUCACAGCAUUUCCUCAAAACCUACACUCCCUAGACACAGAGGAGGUUUUAUCCCAUGUGCUGUGUGUGAGAGAGGGAAUGAACUGUGUGAAUCUCCGAGUGUGUUUUCUAAAAGGAGAAGGCCUCAGGCAUGUUUACAUGGGACUGCACAAAGGGAUUUUUUGGGGAAACUUCACAUUUCUGUCUCUGUGAUGUUCCUAUUUCACAAACAGGUAGUUGCUUGGUCAUUGAUUACUGUAUUAAUUUUCCUUGGACAUUUUAAUGUUAAAAGUUUGAAAGAAGACCAAAUAAAUCAGGGUUGUAGAAACCAUGAAUUUUAAAUUUGAAAAGCACAAGCCAAAAAACGCGAACAAAGUAACAAAGAAACAAGCAAAGGUUUCCACAGCUGAACAGAUUCCAGGAGGUACCCUGACAUUCCUCAGUCUGACGAGAUGACCAAAGCCUCGCUGAGCUCCACUUGUGUGGCCAAUACUAGCAUCAGUUCAUAUGGACUAUGUCAAUGUAAUUGUAAUGAGUUAUGUAGCAGCUAGUGAAUGAGUCCUCAUCAACAGAUAGAAAUCAAGGGACUCAGUUUUUUCAGUUGAUUUUUGUGCUUUUGUAUUUCCUUGUAUGUGUAUGUGUGUGUGUGUGUGUGUGUUAGUGGGUAUGUAGGUGGUCCUCCAAGAUAAAGCUUUGAAUCAUUUAACCUUUUAUGACACAUUACUGCAUACUGAAUCUAUGCAAAAACAUGAAGUUUAAAGGGAUGGGUCUGGACGCACACUCCCCCCAUCCCGUCUUUCUCUCGGUAAUCUCAGGUAAAUUACUCAAAUCCAGUUCUUACCAAUACCCCACAGCAUGAGUUCUUCCCCAGUACCUCAUCUUUUGGCUAGAACAUCACUUGUAUGAAUUGAUUGAUUGCUUUAAUAUGCGUUGUUGUUGUUGUUAAAUUACUUUAUUAGCACUGGAAAAGGCAGGAACUAUAUCCAUGUGCACCAAAUGUGCUGUUACCAAGCAAAAGCAGAGUUUAUUGUCAAACUGUCCAAAUUAUGGUUGCUGACUACAUUGUAAUUAUUGUGAGUUCAUUGGUAGUCUUUGUAAAUAAUGUGUACAGAAUCUUUGUCUGUUUAGUUUAUUUUUGUGUCAGGUGAUACAUGCUGUCAAUACUUUAUACAUGAGAGAAUAUUUUGAUUAAAAAAUGGAAGCAUA